UCUCUGAGGAAAUUUGCAUCAUGCAGCAGCAGGAGAACUCCAGAGGACUGCUUCGCUGAACCAUGGUCUGUUCAGCUGCCCCCGUGCUACUCCUGGCCGUGACUCUCCCCCUGGUGUGGUCGCCAGAUGCCCGAGCCUCCCAACCUGUGAGUAAGACUGGGGGACAGAGUCAGGCUGGAGGGGAAUCUGGGCAGCAACUGGACCAAGAAAGUGGAGUAGGUGAAUCAGUCCUGGUCUCGGUCUAUGUACAGCUGGACUUUUCAAAUGAGACCUGGCCAGCGGCACUCUCCAGGACCCUGACUCUCCCCGCUGCCUCGGCUUCCCCUUCCCCAAGAACUCUCACUGGCCUCAGCCUCACAACAGAGUGUAAUGUCAACCACGAUGGGUGUACCUAUUGUGCUUGCCUCUCUGGAUACCAGUGGAAUGCCAGUUCCCAUCAUCAUCCUUGCCAAACUGCCCACAACCACCAAUCUUGUGGCUGUCUUGUCUUCAGCCUUACUGAAGCCGGGUACUGCCAGUUGCUGCGACCUGGUAAUGAGGUUCCUGCUCCUGUCUCUUGCCUCCCUGCAGUCCCCAGGACCCUGAGCCUGCACUCCCGGACGCAGACGCUUGGCGACACGCUGAACCUGACUCUUCUCACGAGCCACGAGACCACAAACCUCAACUGGUUCCUGUGGCGUGCAGGGAGCCCCGGACCCCUUCCCCUACAGCCAGGGACACGUGUGUCCCUGACCUCCAGCCAGGGCCAGGCUGUCCUCAGCAUCUUCAACAUCUCCCACAAAUGGGCAGGUGAGUACACGUGCUGCUUUGAGGCCCAGGGAUUCAGGUGGGAGCUGUACCAGGUGGUGAGGGUGUCCCUGCAGGCGACAGACGUGGCUCAGCUUCCAGACCAGCUCUCCAUCUCCUGCACCACCUCCCCUGGCUUCCAGCUGAGCUGCUGCACCCCCAGCACCCAUUCAGCCUGUACAGCUUCCUGGAGCCCCAGAGGGGGCAGCAAAGCCUCCUUACUCAACAUGUCAGGCUCCCAGUGCCUUGCACUGGCCAGUCAGCGCUGCCCUGCUGCUGACACUGUGUACACUUGUGACCUGCAGAGCCCAGGAAUGACCCCUCACGGGGUCCUCUUCUCUAGCGCCAUCAGCCAGGGUAGAAACACUACCUGCCCUGAGGACUUCUCAGCUGUUGCCUGGAAUGUCACCAAGGCUGGCCAUGUGGCAGAGGCCCUGUGUCCUGUGAACAGGACGGGCAUGGUGAAGAGGCCAUGUGGGCCUGACGGGGUCUGGGGGCCCAUCCACAGCAACUGCACAGACACAAGGCUCCAGGCCUUGCUUCAUAAAGCCCAGAGGCUGCAGGAAGGCCAGGGCUGGCCUGCCGAGGAGGUGCCAGAGAUCCUGGCACAGCUGUCGGAGCAGGUGGUGGUGGUGAGCUCACCCUCUGACUUAUUGGCAGUGCUGGGCACCAUGAGCUCCCUGGCCAAGGUGGUGGCAGACACCAGAAUACAUCUUAACCACAGUGCCCUGGAGGCUCUCCUGAAUACCAUAGACAAGGUGCUAGACAUGGACAACACUUCUCUGUGGACCUCAGCCCAGGCCAAGCAGCCCUCGGCGGGCUCAAAUCUCCUGCUGGCUGUGGAGACCCUGGCACGCAGCCUGUGCCCAGAGGAUCAUCCCUUCUCCUUCAGCUUGGCCAAUGUGCAGCUGCAAGCCGAGCUUGUCAGACCCCCAUUUCCUGCUGACUACAGUGUCCCCUUCUCCAAUCAGUCCCGACUGCAGGCACAGAUUCUUGGGCACUCACUGGCCCCACUGGGCCAUAAUAGAACCAACAACAGUAUCACUAGCUUGGUGCUGCAAAAACUGGACCACCUUCUGCCCUCAAACUAUGGAAAAGGCCUGGGGGACUCUCUCUAUGCCACUCCUGGUCUGAUCCUCACUGUCUCCAUCAUGGCAGGUGACCAGGUCUUCAACCAGGGAGAAGUCAUCAUGAACUUUGGGGACAUAGAUGGCACCCCCCACUGUGUCUUCUGGGACCAUAAUCUCUUCCAGGGCAAAGGGGGCUGGUCGGAUGAAGGGUGCCAGGUGCAGGUAGCCAGUGCCAGCCCCAGCACUCAGUGCAUCUGCCGGCAUCUCACUGCCUUCUCCAUCCUCAUGUCCCGACACAAGGUUCCAGAAAACCCCACCCUGGACCUCCUGGGUCAGGUGGGCUUGGGAGCCUCCAUUCUGGCACUGCUUGUGUGCCUGGGCGUGUACAGGCUGGUGUGGAGGGUCGUGGCACGGAACAAACUUGCCUACUUACGCCACACAGCCCUGCUCAACGUGGUGUUCUGCCUGCUGGCUGCAGACACCUGCUUCCUAGGAGCCACCUUGCUUCCUCCAGGGCCCCGCAGCCCACUUUGCCUGGCCGCUGCCUUCCUCUCGCAUUUCCUCUACCUGGCCACCUUUUUCUGGAUGCUGGCUCAGUCCCUGAUGUUGGCCCACCAGCUGCUCUUUGUCUUCCAUCAGCUGUCCAAGCACCGAGUACUCUCCCUGAUGGUGGUCCUCGGCUACCUUUGCCCCAUGGGGUUUGCAGGUAUCGCCCUGGGCCUCUACCUACCCCGAGGGCAAUACCUGGGGGAGGAGGCAUGCUGGUUGGACAGGAAGGGAGUGAGGCUCUACACCUUCGUGGGGCCAGUGCUGGCCAUCGUGGCUAUGAACGGGCUGGUACUAGCCAUGGCUGUGCUGAAGUUGCUAAGACCUUCGCUGUCAGAGGGGCCCCAGGAGGAGCAGCGCCAAGCUCUUCUGGGGGUGAUCAAAGCCCUCCUCAUUCUCACACCCAUCUUCGGCAUCACCUGGGGGCUAGGCCUGGCCACUCUGUUAGAGGAAGUCUCCAUAGUCCCUGACUAUGUCUUCACGGUCCUCAACACCUCCCAGGGUGUCUUCAUCUUAUUGUUUGGUUGCCUCAUGGACAAGAAGGUCACAAAUGAAACCUACAUCCCGGAACACAGCAAAGGAAGACGUGAAAACGCCAGUUACGAAGAAAGGAUGACUUAA